UGCUCGUGUGGGCGGGUUUGAACGCCCAGGGAUCAGCGUUCCGGAUUUGGCGCGCUGCAGCGCGCGCAGUCGUCGGACUUUGAAAUGCAGCGGGAUUUAAUAAAUUUUCCUCUGUCCCCAGCGGUGAGGGUGAAGCUGGUGUCUGCAGGUUUCCAGUUUGCUGAGGAACUCCUAGAGGUGAAACCCUCGGAACUCAGCAAAGAAGUUGGGAUAUCUAAAGAGGAAGCCUUAGAAACUCUGCAAAUUCUAAGAAGAGACUGUCUCACAAAUAAACCAAGAUAUGCUGGUACAGCUGGGUCAGGCAAGAAGUGUACAGCACUGGAACUCCUUGAGCAGGAGCACACCCAGAACUCCAUAAUCACCUUCUGUUCAGCACUAGAUAAUGUUCUUGGGGGUGGAGUGCCCUUAACCAAAACAACAGAAAUUUGUGGUGUACCAGGUGUCGGAAAAACACAAUUAUGUAUGCAGUUGGCUGUCGAUGUGCAAAUACCAGACUGUUUUGGAGGAGUGGAGGGUGAAGCAGUUUUUAUUGAUACAGAGGGAAGUUUUAUGGUUGAUAGAGUGGCUGACAUCGCUGCUGCUUGCAUUCAGCACCUUCAGCGUGUAGCAGGAACACAUAUGGGAGAAGAGUACCUAAAAGCUUUGGAGCAUUUCACACUUGAAAAUAUACUUUCCCAUAUUUAUUACUUUCGUUGUCAUGAUUAUACAGAGCUACUGGCACAGAUAUACCUCCUUCCAGAAUUUAUUUCAGAACACUCAAAGGUCCGACUAGUGGUAGUGGACGGCAUUGCUUUCCCUUUUCGUCAUGACCUAGAUGACCUCUCACUUCGAAUUCGAUUGCUAAAUGGCCUUGCACAGCAGAUGAUCAGCCUUGCAAAUAAUCACAGAUUAGCUGUAAUUUUAACCAACCAGAUGACAACAAAGAUUGAUAAAAAUCAGGCCUCACUAGUUCCUGCAUUGGGUGAAAGUUGGGGACAUGCUGCUACAAUACGACUCAUCUUUCACUGGGACCAAAAGCAAAGGUUGGCCACAUUGUACAAAUCACCAAGCCAGAAGGAAUCUACAGUACAGUUUCAAAUCACACCUCAGGGAUUUAGAGAUGUUGUUGUUGCUGCUUCCUGUUCAUUGCAGACUGAAGUUUCAAUGAAUUCUCGGAAAAGAUUACGAGAAUCAGAGGAAGAACAGGAUCCCAAAGAUUAGUGUCAAUAUGUAUAUAUGUGUGUGUGUGUGUGUCUGUGAUAUGAGUUGCAGUGCUUACAAGUAGUAUACAAAUAGUAGAUGUCUUAUUUUAAAAAACACACAAGGGGGAAGUCGGGCACGUGGCGCAAAGUGGAAGGACUGGCAUAAGGAUCCUGGUUUGAGCCCCAGCUCCCCACCUGAAGGGGAGUUGCUUCACAGGUGGUUAAGCAAGUCUGCUGGUGUCUAUCUUUCUCUCCCCCUCUCUGUCUUCCCCUUCUCUCUCCAUUUCUCUCUGUCCUAACAACGAUGACAUCAAUAACAAUAAUAACUACAACAAUAAAACAACAAGGGCGGGAGUGGGGCGGUAGCGCAUCAGGUUAAGCGCAUGUGGCGCAAAGCAUAAGGACCUGCAUAAGAAUACCGGUUGGAGCCCCUGGCUCCCUACCUGCAGGGGAGUCGCUUCACAGGUGGUGAAGCAGGUCUGCAGGUGUUUGUCUUUCUCUCCCCCUCCCUAUCUUCCCCUCCUCUCCAUUUCUCUCUGUCCUAUCUAACAACAACGACAUCGAUAACAAUAAUAACUACAACAAUAAAAAAACAAAAGGGAACAAAUAAAUAUUUUAGAAAAACAAGGGCAAGAAAAGGGAAUGAAUAAAUAAAUAUUUAAAAAAUGUUAAAUGUAAAACAUUAAUUCUCCAAUAAAGAAAUUAAAAGAAAAAAGAGGAAAAAAAAAACCGCACUAAGGGACCAGGUGGUGGUGUAUCUAGUUGAGCACACACAUUAUCAUGUAUAAAGACCUGGGUUCAAGCUCCCUCCAACUGCAGCAGUGGGGGUGUGGGGGCUCCAUGAGCAGUGAAGUAGAUCUGCAAGUGUCUAUCUUCUCUCACUAUCUCCCUGUCUACUUCCAAUUUCUCUCAAUCCUAUUAAAUAAAAUAGAAAAAGAAAAAUGG